AUGGCAAUUGGCCACCGAAAGAUCUCCAAUCUCGCCUCCACCGUCAACGGCAGAACUCCACUCAAAGUACACAAAGCUAGCCUAUCGCCAUCAGCAAUUGAAGAUCUCAUAUCAGUAGCUGAAGUCUCAAAUCAACACCGAUUUGCUUCAAAAGAAGUGCUUGCCUCUUUGGCGUUUCCAUUGAUAAAGCUUGUUGGUUUAAUUGUGGAAAUGGUUAAUGAAGGACAGUUAGUGAAUAUUUUUAAAUCUGUUUGGAAGAGGAAUGGAGCAGUUUCUGGUGGAGCCAGAGAUCGAAAUGUUCAGAUUAGUGCAUUCGAGGGAGAAAAUUUUUCUGCUAGAGCUGCCAUAGCUGGCAAAGAACUCAUAGAGAAACGAAAGAUGCAUUUGACACAAUUUGUCAAACUCCUUAAACAAAUUGAAACCCAUGUUAAUUCGAGCCAAGCUGAAAUCCUCCAGAACCUUGAUAACCACCAUGGCUUCCUCAAAAAAUUCAUUCAGAAAUCCAUAUGUUUAGUGUCUACCCUUGAUAGUGAAAACCUUGACACUGUUGUCAUCACAGUAAAUCUUCUCCGAGCCAUAUUCCACCUUGUAACUACAGUCCUUGGAUCAGUAAGGGAUGGCGUGGAGGACCCAAUACAGGGAUUAUCACAACAGAUGUGUAAUCCUAUGGUGGAAUAUGUUAAGGGCCUCAAGGAUGAUAUGAAGAAUGGAACGUGCAUGCGCUUAUUGGCCAUGAUGAAAGAUGUCAGGGUUGAGUUGGAGGAUGCAAGGAAGAAAGUGAGACUGGUUGAAGAGGGGAAGAUUGAAGCUGUAUGCAAGCUGAAUGAAACCAUAGAAAGAGUGAGGAAAAUGAAGGAACAACUGAGCUCCCUUCCUGAAGCCAAAAGAGGGCUUAUAAAAUCUUCAUUUUCCCAAAAGGUACAUUCGCUUGACUCAUCCAUCCUUUAUUUUCGAGCAUUUGAUUUGAAUUGA